GACAUUCAAGAUUCUGGAACUUUUCAUAGGUUGCCAAAAUAAAGAAAAAAAAUUGGAUUGAAAACUUUGGUCUUACAGAACAGUUAUUAAGCACCAAAUCGCGGUCAUUGAUCUGCCGUCGCCACUUUACGAAGAUUGCUGCGGAAAGAAAAGGGUCUAUCCCUGGGCAGUGCCAACGCUUUUUUUGGGUAAAACUGAGGGAAUACAUCAAUCCACAGAGCCGAAAGUUGGAGGACGCCAGAAACACUGCAUUCAUUUCCAAAGGACCUCAAAUCUCGAGAAAAGUGGUUAGAUAUAUGUAGAAAGAAAAAUUAUCAAAAAAAUGUCUUUAUACAUAUGCCGAAAACACAUUCGACCAAGCUUUUUGCAUAGACAAAUAUUUUCAACAAACGCAUUUCCGGAGCUGAAUUUGGGCCUAGGAGAUUAUGAUCCACUACAAGAAUCUGAGGCGUCCGAUAGCUGCAGUGCAUCAGAUGAAGAACCUGAGACCAAUGUUUCUGAUGAUGGCGAUGAAGUUACCACGAACUGCAAAGUGUGCAAGCUGCAGCAACAAAUUGACGAUGUUCGCCUAAAGAUCGCUCAAUUGGAGCAACGACUUUACUUGAAUGAGGACAUUAAUGAUGAUGAUGAGGAGGAGGAAAACAUUCGGCCGUUGAUCAAAUAAAUAUAAAUACAACAACUGC